GGCGCGGGCCUCUGCGCUCAGGCAGCGCCAAGGGCCGCCCCUUCGGGGUCCUGGCGGCAACGCUAGUUACUACUCCGAACAAAAUGGCGGCGCCCUCGUGGAGACUUGCCCUGUGCGGAGUGCGCAACGCCCGUAGCUUCGGCACCUCGGCCGCUCUGAGUCGCCGGUCCGCCCCGUUGGGACCCAUGCCCAAUGAGGACAUCGACAUGAGCGCGCCGGAGAAGCUGAAGAAGUAUGGCAGUUUUGACCGCUAUCAGCGCUGCGCCGAACGCGAGGCGAACGCCCCGCACUGGUGGAAGAGCUACCGCGACUACUUCCGGCCACCUUCAGAUCCCACAUACAAAAUAGACAUUGGAUUUCCACCCAACAAGAUGGGGAAUAGGCAACAACAGGUUCUUGAAAGGAAGAAGAUCCUCCGGGAGAGCCGGGCUAAGAUGGAGAAGGCUUCCCACCUCCGCAAUGUCCUGGUCCCACUGGAGGAGGUGAAGGUUGAUUGGGAAAACACCGUGGGCCCUUACCAUAAGCAGCGCCUGGCUGAGUACUAUGGCCUCUACCAAGACCUGUUCCUUGGUGCCACAUUUGUGCCCUGGGUCCCUCUGCAUGUGGCUUACAAUCUGGGAGAAGAGCUGAUGAUGCCGGUGUUCCACGGGAAUGAGGUUACUCCAACUGAGGCCACUAACCCCCCAACGGUGACGUAUGAGGCAGAAAAGGGUUCAUUGUGGACCUUGUUGCUCACCAACCUGGAUGGGCACUUGCAGGAGCAGGAUGCUGAAUACGUCCACUGGCUGGUGACGAACAUCCCAGGCAAUGACGUGUCUGCAGGGCAAGAGAUGUGCCAUUACCUCCCACCCUUCCCCUCAACAGGAACUGGUUUUCACCGUCUCGCAUUCCUCCUUUUCAAGCAGCAUGAGGCCAUUGACUUUUCUGAAGAUGCCCGUCCCUCACCCUGUUACCGCCUUGCUAUGAGAACCUUCCGCACAUUUGAUUUCUAUAAGAAGCACCAGGAUUUCAUGACCCCAACUGGUCUGGCCUUCUUCCAGUGCCGCUGGGAUGACUCUGUCACCCACGUCUAUCACCACCUGCUCAACAUGCGGGAGCCAGUGUUCGAAUUUGUGCGCCCACCCCCGUACCAUCCCCCACAGAAGAAGUUCCCUCAUCUGCAACCACUUCGAUAUUUGGAUCGAUACCAAGAUGAGAGUGAACCCACCUAUGGCAUCUACUGAAGGACUGAGGCACUGUGGUGUACAGGGUACUUGAAA